CUCGACCCUUCCCGGGGUCCUCGGCGAGGUGGCCGAGGCCGCGCCUUACGCAGGGACCUCCGCCGGGCCAUCUGGGUGGCCCGAGUUCGCAGCAGCUUCUCUUCCGCUCGUCCCUCGGCCCUCUCGACGCGCACCCACCGGCCUCACCAAGUCGCACGCAGAGGGGCGGCGGGGCGCUGACCGAGGUCUAGGUCCCGAUUGCCGCCGCUCGAGCCGCGCAGUUUGCCUGCAGAUCUCGGUCCCCUGCCCGCGCAGCCUCGGCUCCAUCAGGCCCGGCCCCUCGCCCGGGCCGCGGCUCCACCAAUCGCAGACUUCGCCCGCCGCAGCCGCACCUGCGAGGAGGGGCCCGCGCGCCGCUGCAGCCGCCGUCGCAGCGUCCCCGCCCCGCUCCGCCCCUAUCGCGGCGCCCCGAGAUCACCCGCCUCCGGCGCCUGGCUCCCUGCAGGCGAGGAGCGGAAGCCGCUAUCUGGAGGCAGACUCCGGCGCCACAGAGCCGGGGCAGCCGCGGCAACGGCGAGGCGCGAGGCAGGGGCGCCCGGCAGACCCCGCGACCCCGAGCCAGCGGGCGCCCCAAGCGGGCAGCCUCGCCGGGGGAGGCGGAGGCGGCCACGGCGGCCGCGCUCGGGCGCCCCUCGCGCAGCGCUCCAUGCCCGUGUGGUGCUGCCGCUGCUCCCUGGCUGGUCAUUUCAGAAACUAUAGUGACACUGAAACUGAAGGAGAGAUUUUUAAUUCCUUAGUGCAAUACUUUGGUGACAACUUGGGGCGAAAAGUUAAAGCGAUGCCAUUAGUUGAAGAAACUUCUUUACUGGAAGAUUCGUCAGUGACUUUUCCUGUGGUAAUAGUAGGAAAUGGACCCUCAGGAAUAUGCCUUUCUUAUAUGUUAUCAGGCUACAGACCGUAUUUAUCAUCAGAAGCAAUACACCCAAAUACAAUCUUAAAUAGUAAAUUAGAAGAAGCAAGACAUCUUUCCAUUGUUGAUCAGGACUUAGAAUACUUGUCUGAGGGCCUUGAGGGCCGAUCAUCCAAUCCAGUUGCAGUACUUUUCGAUACACUUCUUCAUCCAGAUGCUGACUUUGGGUAUGAUUAUCCAUCCGUUUUGCACUGGAAAUUAGAGCAACAUCAUUAUAUCCCUCACGUAGUUCUUGGUAAAGGUCCACCUGGUGGGGCUUGGCAUAAUAUGGAAGGCUCCAUGCUGACAAUCAGCUUUGGAAGUUGGAUGGAACUACCUGGACUUAAAUUUAAGGACUGGGUAUCAAGUAAACGAAGGAACCUAAAAGGGGAUCGAGUUAUGCCAGAGGAAAUAGCUCGCUACUAUAAACAUUAUGUGAAAGUCAUGGGUCUUCAGAAGAAUUUCAGAGAGAAUACUUACAUAACUUCCGUAUCAAGACUCUACAGAGAUCAAGAUGAUGAUGAUAGUCAAGACAGAGAUAUUUCAACAAAGCAUUUACAGAUAGAGAAGUCAAACUUUAUCAAGAGAAACUGGGAAAUUAGGGGUUAUCAGCGAAUAGCUGAUGGUUCUCAUGUUCCCUUCUGCCUCUUUGCUGAGAAUGUAGCACUGGCAACUGGAACGUUGGAUUCUCCUGCCCAUCUGGAAAUUGAAGGGGAAGAUUUUCCUUUUGUGUUUCAUUCAAUGCCUGAAUUUGGAGCUGCUAUAAACAAAGGAAAGUUGCGUGGCAAAGUGGAUCCAGUGUUAAUUGUAGGUUCUGGGCUUACUGCCGCUGAUGCAGUACUGUGUGCUUACAACAGUAAUAUCCCUGUGAUUCAUGUGUUUCGCAGACGAGUAACUGAUCCAAGCUUAAUUUUCAAACAGCUUCCCAAAAAGCUGUAUCCUGAAUAUCAUAAAGUCUAUCAUAUGAUGUGUACUCAGUCAUAUUCUGUAGACUCAAAUCUUUUAUCUGAUUAUACCAGCUUUCCUGAGCACCAUGUGCUUUCCUUUAAGUCGGACAUGAAAUGUGUUCUCCAAAGCGUUUCUGGAUUGAAGAAAAUAUUUAAGCUGUCUGCAGCAGUAGUAUUGAUAGGUUCUCAUCCUAAUCUGUCUUUUCUGAAGGAUCAAGGGUGUUACCUAGGCCAUAAGUCAAGCCAGCCAAUCACAUGUAAGGGUAAUCCUGUGGAAAUAGAUACAUAUACCUAUGAGUGUAUUAAAGAAGCCAACCUUUUUGCAUUGGGUCCUUUGGUUGGAGACAAUUUUGUUCGAUUUUUAAAGGGAGGGGCGCUGGGUGUUACACGCUGUUUAGCUACAAGACAGAAGAAAAAGCAGCAUUUGUUUGUUGAAAGAGGGGGAGGAGAUGGGAUAGCUUAAAGCAAGUUUACAAGUAAUUAAAAUGGACAGUUUGCCGUUAAAGAUUUUUAAUAGUUGUUUUGCAGUGUGCUGGCUUGAAUUUUCUGGACUUGAGUUAACUGAAGGAGAGCCUCAAACUAUAGUAACUUCAUUUUUAAAAGUUACUAGAAUUUGGUAUCCUGAUUUAUAUUGUAAUGUUUCAAAGGUGUCACUGUCAGACAAAUAGAAACACUGCCAACUUGGUGUAUCUUAAGCUUUCAUUUAACUAAAACAUUCUUUUCUUGCAAAACUUACUUUUCGUGAUCAUUUUUGGUUAUUUAUUAUACUUGAUUCCAAAAUAGUACAGCCUUGAAUCUAUAAAACUGUGCAGUCAUUAUGCCAGAAAUUAUUUUAAAUAUAUAAUGGGUCACCUUGCUGUUCAAAGGGUGGUGCAGGGUCCUGCAGCAUCUUCUUCAUCUGUAGCUUGUUAGAAAUGUAAACUCUCAGGCCCCACAACUUACUUCCUGCAUUUUAACAAGAUCCCCAAGGGAUAUGUAUGCUCAUAAAAAUUUGAGACACUGGUUUAAAUUAAAAUGGAUAUAAGGUAUGUAUAACUGGGGGUGGGGUGAGGGUAGGAGGCAUUUACAACUCAGAUUUUAUUUAUUUUGAAAUUAUCAAUUGUAUAAAUCUAAUUUAUUACCAAAUAGGGUCUUUUAAAAAAUAUUUUUAUUGUUGAAACCUUGACAGGUACUUCAUAUUCUUCUAAUAAUUUAAACAGUCCAAUAAUGAGGUAUACACUUUGACAUCCAAGAACUCACCAAGAUGUUUUUCAGAGAUUUAUUCUCGAUUUAACUAUCAUAGCAUUUAAUGAAUCUGAUUUGUAGUUCAAUAAAUUGUGGGUUGAACUACUUAUCCCUGUGUGAACGCUGAAUUACUUUCUGUCACUGAAACUAAGAUAUUUGGGUGUGGUAAGUACUUCGAAAAUUGUAAUACUGUUUGGGCAUUGUCUAAAUUAUUAAAGGUUAAAAUAGAAAAUAAAGUCAAAAUUUUUCUUUUCCAUUCCAAAGGUGUACUUAGAGAUCUCUAAUAGUAUUCAUUGGAGAUGACAUAGCAGCUCAUAUCAUGGUUGUUUAUUGGAUUUAUCUGUUCUAAUUAUCUUUAUGUAAGUGUGUUUACUGUCUGUGUUUUCACACAAACUGCUAGACUUUUUAAUGUUAAGACGAAAACAUCUGAAGUUCUCCAUGGCAAAUUGAAUUUUUCAGUCAUUUUCUUUUUUUGGUACAAUUAACUUCAUCUGGAAUGUCUUCAUUGAACUCAUUAUUCUAUUUUUCUUAGAAUUAAAAGUGGAUUAACGUG